CGUGAGUGCUUAGCCCAGCUCUACUAAGUAAUAGUCAUUGAAAAUAAAGUCGCAAAAUUAAAACAGUUGGAUAGUCAAUAAGGGAGACGGAGAAGAUGUACCAGGAAUACCUUAACCAAUUGCAAGCCUCCAUCGCGCCGAUGGGCUCCGAGGAGCUCAAGGAGCUGCUGAAUAACGAUGACAAGCUAGACGAGAAAGUCGACGAAGUUCUUCAGGUGCUGCGAACUCAAAAGACCAGCGUUUUCGAGGACAACCGGAGUCGAGCGGAGCGCAACAUUGAGCGGGAGCCUCAAAUCAUCGAGCUGCGUGGUCGUCUGGCGGAGCUCUUGGAGGAGGGACGCACCCGGUGCUCGUCUGUCCAGGAGAAGCUUGCCGAGCUCAAGGACAAGUCCGGUGGUGUGGGCCCCGAAACGGCACUGGCUCUCCUGCAGACUGCCGCCUCCGAAAGCGAGGAGCAGACCGAGGAGAUGGUCAAGAAGUUCAACGACAGCGAUCUCGGGGUGGAGUCCUUUCUGGAGGAGUUCCUCGCCAGUCGGCGGACAAUGCAUCUACGUCGCCUCAAGGCCGAGAAGAUGCAGGACCUCAUGAGGAAACAACGCCAGGGCCCGCCAAACGCCUCUCAUCCAGCCUACGGAAACGUACCCUCCGGCGGAUUUUAUCCCUCGGCCGGCGGGUCAGCUCCUUACCCCAUUAUGGGUUCCCUAAUGCCCAUGCCACCGCCGUCAAGACCCUACUGAGAUCUCGGUCCUUGUUCGAGAGCACGAACUGCCAUGGCGCAUCAAGCUGCAGCAGAAUCCUCACUUUAAGUACAUAUUGCUUCAGUUUCUUCUUCUGAUUACCGUGGGUUAAUUGCAAAUCAGAGGGAACGUUCUGCCUGUUUUAAAACUAACAUUUGAGGUGCUCUACAUCUCUGCCUGCACUAAACUAUGAUAUAUGUAUAUGUAUAAAUUAAGCGAAAAUUAACAUUAAUAUUAGACAGUGAACAUUUCUUGUUAAAAAUAAACUUUUGAAUAAAAAUGAAA